AUAAAAUUUGAUAUUGAUAAAUAAAUAAUAUUGAUUUAGAAAAUGAUAUUUUUAUAAGAAAAUUAAAACCACGUGGAACGAUCAGUUAAAUUUACGCGGCUAUUUCACUGCAAUAAUGGCUGCACCUACAGACAUUCGGUGCACAUGUAAAGUUUGUACCAGAAUUCGUGUCACGAUUGACCAAAUAUUUUGUGUUCUAGACCUAUAUGGUUGGUUAUUAAAUUCUUAUAUUGUGGAUUUUUUUCAAGACAAAUUAUGGGACAAAUUACCAGAAAGUUGGAGGUUUGCAUUACAAGAUACGCCUCCGCAAGAAUUUGGAAAAUGGUUAUCGGGAGACAUCUCGUGCACACGUGUAUGGCCCUUAACAUUGCUUGCACUUCGCCAAGUAGCAAAUAUUUUACAAGUAAAUAGAGAUAAUGAAGAUCCAAAAAGUAUUAUGGCUUGUGAAUCUAAUAAAACGAAAACCAAUAAUAAUUAUAAUGAUACUUUUACAAUGAAUAAAAAUGAUAAUUUUGACAAGCUAUAUUUUCAAAAUCAUAAAUUUAAUAAUUUAUUUUCAAAACAUAUUAAAAAAAAAAAAAGAUACGAGAUACAUGAAAUAGCACAAGUAUGCGCAGAAUGUGCCUAUGAAGCUAGUUGUAAAUGUAUUGUUGAUAUUGGAUCUGGGAUGGGUCAUUUAGCUCGUAUAUUAGCUUUUCAAUAUGGAUUGUAUGUUACUUGUAUUGAACAAGAUUGUAUAUUGUUGCAACAAGCUAGAAAAUGGGAUCAAGAAUUGUUGAUGUCUAUAAGAAAGCAUAUACCUACUUUCUAUCAAAAAUGUCCUCAACAUUUUACAGCUAAACUAGAACCUUCAAAUUUAGUCGAAUCAGAAUUAGCUAGACAAUUAAAAGAAUUAUUUAAGAAUGAGUUUGAUCUAAAUGAAACAGAAACUGAAUUUGGACUUAUAGGACUUCAUCCUUGUGGGGAUUUAGCUCCUAUAUUAUUAAAGCUUUACUCAUCUAGAAAAGAAGCUAAAUUUAUUUGUAUUGUAGGAUGUUGUUACAUGAAACUAACAAUACAAUCAGAAAUAAGCGGAUUAAAAGGUUAUCCACUUAGCAAGUACCUGUUGUGUAAAAAUCAUUCACUAACUUAUACAUCAUUAGAAGUAGCUUGCCAUGCUAUCGAGAAAUAUUGUGACAAAUUAAAGAAUGGAAAUUAUGAAGAUUUAAUAGUACAUACUUAUAGAGCAGCUUUAGAAACUAUUUUAGUAAAAAAAAAUGAAAAAUUACGUCAUAGCCAAUUCAGAAAUGUUAAAGUAUUAAAAGGAAUGUCAUUUGAACAAUAUUGCAAUGCAGCUACUGCAAAUUUUGAUAGUUAUUUGCAACCACAAGAUUCUGAUAUUAAUGAUUCAGAAAUUAUUGGUUUCUUAAAACGAUGGCAACAAGUUAUAGUGUUUGGAUCACUUCGAAUGAUGUUGGCGCCAUUAGUGGAAACCAUUGUUCUUUAUGACAGAUUUUUAUUUCUGUCGGAAAAAAAUUUGACUCCAACACUAAAACCAGUGUUCGAUAGUAGACUGUCACCACGAAAUUUAGUGUUAAUGUCUAGGAAAAAUAACUAAUUAGUUUACAGUU